GGGUCUUCCCGUGACGUCACACAGCGCUGUGUCAGGGCGGCUCCUGCCCGUGACGCGGAGCGGCCGGAGCUCGGGGGCGGCGCCGGGCGGAGUUCUUUGCGCAGUGCCGGCCGGAGCGGAGGCAGCCGCAGCAGCAGCAGCCGCUACGAGCGGAGGGACAGGCCGCAGCCAUGAAAUUCCAGUACAAGGAAGACCACCCAUUCGAAUACAGGAAAAAAGAAGGGGAGAAGAUCCGGAAGAAAUACCCCGACAGAGUCCCCGUUAUUGUGGAAAAAGCACCCAAAGCCAGAGUACCUGACUUAGACAAAAGAAAGUAUCUCGUGCCUUCCGACCUCACAGUUGGUCAAUUCUACUUCUUAAUCCGAAAGCGGAUCCACCUGAGGCCGGAAGAUGCUUUGUUCUUUUUCGUCAAUAACACCAUCCCUCCCACCAGUGCUACCAUGGGCCAGCUGUAUGAGGACAACCACGAGGAGGACUAUUUUCUCUAUGUGGCCUACAGCGAUGAGAGCGUCUAUGGCAAGAAGCUCUGAAUAUUCUGAAGCAGAGAACAGACCCAGGAGACUUUCUAGGAUAAAAGAGAAGACACAUGCAGAUGGUAUGCAUCUCUGCUGCUGUCAUACUUGUUCAUACCAAGCACGUGGUUAAGCAGGGGAGAAAGAGUUGGCAUCUGGGGUGCUUGGUUUUGUGUUCAGUCCUCCCCUCCCGCUGCUGGGUUUAUAAAUGACACGUGGGACUAAUCACAACUGUUCGUUACGUGUAGAGUUUAUGAUUUAAUUUAGUUCUUUAACAGUUCUUUCAACUGAAUUGUGGCAUUUCUGGUUUUGUGCUAGUAUUGUACAAGGUAAUGAUGGUAAUUUUUUUGGUGUUGGUUAGCUGCAGGUUCUUGUAAAAUAAAGUUCAGACUAGAACUUAAUCAAUUUAUCAAUAAAGAUGCAUUUGAAAAUCA